CCGCAGUGAAGAAACGGAUCGCGAUGAAGACUGCGUUGCGGAAUAUGUCCUGGAUGAAGUGGAGGAGGAACAGGUGCAAACACAAGCACUCUGUCGUGGCACGAUGAUUGGCUCUAACUCUAGUACCACAAGAGAAGAUAUUAGUAAUAAUGAUCAGACCUCCUCCCAGGUGGAAGGAGAAUGUGACAAUGAUAAAAACAAGUCCUCUAUUCCGCGCACAACGUCUGAGCACACGAGCAGUAACAAGUCUGACGAUUCGGGCACAAAGGCUGAAACCUCUAGUCGCUCACCUGAUACAAACCCUGAGUCGCCGCAGCGGCAGCGCCAAGGUUUAUCGAGUUCGAGUCGACGGGUAUGAGAUAACUUAAUUAGAUGAAGACUUCUCUCAAAUUUAGUAUUGGGCCCUUCUCCUGAAGUGGAGUCCGGUAUUAAGUAGUCCCGUCGACAGUUUCGGAGUACUGAUCUGGGCAAUUCACCAUGACCAUUCUCGCAAAUUUCUAAUCUGAACCUCCUAGAUGUGUCAUUCGUUUCAUAAAGCACCUCGGACCAAGAUGCAGCUCUUCUAACACCUUCCGUCCAAGACCUAGCCAGCCCUGAUUGCGCUCGAUUGGACGUCGAUGCUAGUACCAGCUGCAGUGCGUCUGUUUGCCACCCUUCGCCGACCGAGAUUCGCUCUUCUUACACUGCCUCGCUCACAAGUUCCAGCACCAAUGGGGUAUUUGGUGGCGCGCCGUCGGCGUUUGUGGUGUACUCUCGCAAUUUGCUAUUGGAUGUGCGGAAACAACAAAGACAGAAGGAAGAAGCAGAGAACAAAGAUGCAAAGUUGGCGAAAGAUCAGAAGAAGAAUCCAAUGUUGGCUUUGCACGUCAUCACUGAGACGGACAUCCGUCGUACGCUUUUUGCACGCUUACUCUCUGAGAUUGAGGAGACCCAAGAAUUGAUUCUGGGCGAGACACCAGCUGCUGCGUUGAGUCUCGUUCAGGCUGCUGUCCUUCUCACGAUCGGAUUGAAGCACCGUGUGUGGCGUUGCGAACGUGCCAAGUGUGGGUCUCUUUAUGGCAGUAUGUGUUAUGUAAAAUUCAAGAAUGAAGAUAGAAGACGUAGAGGUGUUUUCGAGAGGCUAAAACGAAGAGAACGUAUUAUUUAGCUACCAAAUGAAACCUCAUGCUCAUGACUUCAUUCUCUAACUCCGGUUUGAUCUGAGCAAAGCCUUUUCGAUUGAACACGAAAGCCUACAACAAGCAGACGACACGACCCACAUGAUCGAGGAACGCACGAGCACGAAGUGGAAAGUUGUGACCCUAUGGGAUGGUUGGCUGGAGUUGCAGGAUAUUCUAACUUUCGUCUCCAAUUCUGUCACGACAGCUAGUAAUGAGACCGAAAAACGCCUCGCUGCAGAGGAGAACAAGACUCUAGAAGAUAUCCGUGAGCAAGCGGCCAAUAUGAAUUUCAUCCGCGAAAUCUUUGAAAACGAAGCGAGUUUGGCCUUGCAGCCAUUGGAUGCAAGUUUGGCGGUUCAGUAUCUUGUUAUGGCUAACUCAGAAACAGAAUCGUGAACGUGAUUCUGCAAUUUGCGAAACAGCUACUGCUAUCACUUAUGUAGCCAGGGGCGUUCCCUAUUUGUUGACAAUGUUCCAAUACAGACUCAAAUCUAAUCUCAGCGGCAAACUCCAUCUCGAUUUCGGACCACCGCCAAUGCCUGAUCUGGAACUGCCACCGCUGCCGCCGCCUGAUAUACCGGCUGUGAUGGUGCCACAAGGUAACCCUGUGAGGAUGGAAACGCCGCAAGGCGUUGACGUUGUACAACCUUUGAAGACUACUCCUGCCUCAGCAGUCGUAGUGCCUCCAGAUGCGACAAGCACAAUCAAGCACGUUCGUGUUGUAGAACAGCCACCUCCACCUGCUCCUCCUGUACCACCAACUUCUAGUAAUCAUGCUGUUUGUUCGACUUCAAGUUCGUGCUCUGCGGUUGUCGAUAGAAUCAUCAACAGUGGAGCGAGUACUAGCUCUGCUGUGCAAGCUGCAAGGGGCAAUGCAACUGGUGGAUCUACUUCGACGUCAAACGCGUGUUUGAAUACAUCCAAUCAGUCAGGUGUAACUGUAAACAAUCAGAUUGAUGCUGGUGCUUUUCCUCCUUCUGGAUCUGCGACGGCAAUCGAUACGACCGGUGCUAUGUUGAGCGGAACUACCUGUCUCGGCAGUAACAGUACGGUCCACAGCGAUGCUGCUUUCGGAGGUAGUUCAAAAAUCGAAAAUGGUCCAGCUGCAACAUCGAGUUUGAGUACCUUCUCAGCUGGUGCUCCGAGUUUUGUACCCAGUUUCAUUACUGCUGCUCAAGGAGCUGCUGGGACUGGCGCUAACACUAACCACUCGUCUGGUGUCGGACAUCAACACCAUACUAGUUCUUCC